AUGCAGAAAGAACCAAUAGCCAAUGGAGAUAUAUCACUUCCACAAGCACCAUUACCACCACCACCACCAUCAUCAUCCCUAUCUCAUCAUCCAAAUUAUCCAAUGUUACUUGCCGCUCAACAACAAUUAUAUGAUUAUGCUGUACGUCUUCGAUUUGGUGGAGUUCCACCACCAUCGGGACCAGCUAUAUUAUCACCAGGACCUGGUUCACAUCAUCCUUCAUUUAAUGAUCCACAUGCUUUAUAUGCUUUUCAUCAACGACAUGAUCCACGAUUACGUUGUCUUCUACGUGAAGAACCUAAACCGUCCUAUUCAUAUAUUGGACUUAUUGCAAUGGCUAUAUUAAGUUCACCCGAACGAAAACUUGUUCUUUCGGAUAUAUAUCAAUGGAUAUUAGAUCAUUAUGCUUAUUUUCGUGCACGUGGACCUGGUUGGCGUAAUUCCAUAAGACAUAAUCUUUCACUAAAUGAUUGUUUUAUUAAAGCUGGCCGUUCAGCAAAUGGAAAAGGUCAUUAUUGGAGUAUUCAUCCAGCUAAUUUAGCUGAUUUUAGUAGUGGAGAUUUUCGAAGACGUCGAGCACAACGACGUGUUAGAAAAAGUAUGGGAUUAUCAGUACCGGAUGAUGAAGAAGAUGACGACGAAAUAUUACCACCAAAUGGAACAGAACAUCAUUUUGAACAUCCGCUAUCGAAAUUUCAAUCAGAUGAAUUACGUCCUAAUGUUGCAGAUUUAUCACUUUCAUCAUCAUCAUCAUCAUCAACAACAACAACAACGACAAAUAGUACAGGUGUGACACCAAACCUUCUUCAGCGCUAUUUUGAUGACAUGCAACGUGUUGUUGUAUCUCGAUUAGAACAACAACAACAACAACAUAUACAUCAUCCACAAUUAUUUUUUCCAUCUCCUCCACAAUCUCUUAAUACAAGUCGAAAUCCAACAAUAACAUCGACAACAAUUUCAACACCACUUCGUCCAUUACCAACAACACAAAAUAAACGAAAACGUUGUUUUGAUGUUGAUAGUCUUUUAGCACCUGAACAACCAUGUUUAAUUAAACGACAUAAAUCGAGUCUAGAUGGAAAUGAAGAUAUUUGUAGUCCAGAUUCCAAGUCAGACGGUUCAACCGAUACGGACAUAUCAGCAUGA